GCGCUCGGAUCCCGCGCUUCCGAGGCUCGCAAAGCCGCGAGUGGCCUCUGAAUUGGGUGGCCGGCAGGCGCAUGAGGGCCCUCUCCAUGGACCGGGCGGCAGUGGCGAGGGUGGGCGCGGUGGCGAGCGCCGCCAGCUUGUGUGCCCUGGUGGCGGGGGUGCUGCUGGCCCAGUACAUAUUCACCUUGAAGAGGAAGACAGGGCGGAAGACCAAGAUCGUCGAGAUGAUGCCAGAAUUCCAGAAAAGUUCUGUUCACAUCAAGAACCUUACAAGAGUAGAAGAAAUUAUCUGUGGUCUUAUGAAAGGAGGAGCUGCUAAACUUCAGAUAAUAACAGACUUUGAUAUGACACUAAGUCGAUUUUCCUACAAAGGGAAGAGAUGCCCAACGUGUCAUAGUAAGUGUGACCUUCACAACUCAUUCAUGAAAAUAAGCAUUAUUUUAAGACCCUCGUGUUACCUGAUAUGGCUUUUAAAACAUCUUUUUCAGUUGUUGAAAGUCUUCCUCGUGAUUAAGUUAUUUGCUCCUUUCCAGUUUUUGCAACUGAAGGAAAAAUACUAUGCUAUUGAAGUUGAUCCUGUCCUAACCUUAGACGAGAAGUAUCCGUAUAUGGUCGAAUGUGAAUUAGAGCAAAGAAUUAAAUAUAAGAAAACAAAAUCUAAUUCUCUAAUCACUUCACAGUCGGGAAGGAGUCUCUCGCUUUUUAAUGAUCAUUUUGCACCUCCUCGUUGCAGGGAAGGAUAUGAAGAUUUCUUCAGUAAGCUCCAGCAACACAGUGUCCCCGUGUUCAUAUUUUCUGCUGGGAUUGGCGAUAUCCUAGUGGAGGUUAUCGAUCAGGCUGGUGUUUAUCAUCCAAAUAUCAAAGUAGUGUCCAAUUUCAUGGAUUUUGAUGAGAAUGUGGACGAGCUUUUAGAAAAGUACAUGGACUCUUACGAUAUUGUUUUAGUAAAAGAGGAGUCAUUGGAACUAGCCAACUCUAUCUUACAGAAGAUUCUAUAAUAUACGUUCGUCAGGAAGCCCUCUCGUCUGCAGGCGUGAUGGAUGCAGAAACUGCGUAUCUGUUCUUGCUCUGAAAGACUUUAUUUAUAACAUCUUCUGGCUCUGGAUCGUUUUCCUUACAGAAGUAUUUUCAGCCAUGUCGACUCCAUCACUGGAAACUCCUUCUCUCUUCCUCACAACACACUCCCCACCGUGUCUUUUUGUUUUUUAACACAUUUUUAAAAAUCUGAAAGCCAAAAUAACUCUCUACUUUGCCCAAGUGGACUUUGUAGUUUAGUUUUAUCAUGGAUCUUUGGGGAGAGGAGUCUCUAUAGUGAGAAAGUUCCCGAAUGUUUUAAGAAGUUUUUUGAAAUGGUGAAAUAAUGUAUAUAAUUGGAAUGAGUGAUGCUAUCACCGUCUUCUGAAAUUGUGUGAUAAUUAGUAAUUUCGUUUGAGAGAGGAAUAAAUGCUCACCAGGAAAGAUUGGCAGUUGGUGUUGGGUGAAAAAACUCCCAGUGUCUACAUGUCACCAAUCAUUACAAAAUGUUCUGUACUGAAGCACUGAUAAUAAACAUGAGAUGGGAAAUCUUUUUAAUUCUA